UAAAUAUGUCAAAACUUGAUAAUCUACCCAAUUUAUAUAUUGGUUUCGACUUAUCAACUCAACAAUUGAAACUUACAGUAAUUGAAGAUACAUAUCAAAUUGUCUUUGAAGAGACUGUACAUUUUGACAAAGAAUUGCCACAUUAUGGAACUCUUAAUGGGGUAAUAUCAAAUGGAGAGACUGUAGCUUGCCCAACAUUAUUGUGGGUGGAAUCAUUAGACAUACUUCUUCAAAAGCUCAAAACUAAAAAAUUCCCAUUUCAUAAAGUUCGGAUAAUAUCAGGAGCUGGUCAACAACACGGAAGCAUUUAUUGGUCGCAUAAUGCUCCAUUUUUAUUAUCUUCACUUGAUCACUCUAAACCUCUCGUAGACCAAUUAAAAAACGCUUUCUCAGUUCAACAAUCUCCAACUUGGCAAGAUUCAAGUACAUCAGAACAAUGUCGCGAGCUAGAAAAGCUAAUCGGUGGUGCGGAAGUUUUAGCAAACUUAACGGGAUCCAAGGCAUAUGAAAGAUUUACUGGAAAUCAAAUUGCAAAGCUUUGCAAAGCAAAUCCAAACGCAUUUUCUCAAACUUCGCGAAUUUCUUUAGUUAGUUCGUUUCUCGCUACUUUAUUUCUUGGUCAUUAUGCGCCUAUAGACAUUUCAGACGGUUCUGGAAUGAAUCUAUUAAAUAUUCACACUAAACAAUGGGAAGACAAAUUGUUGAAUAUAUGUAGUUGUGGUGCUGAAGGAAAAUUAAAAGAAAAACUUGACGAACCCGAAAUCGACGGAUUAAAAAUUUUAGGGAACGUGCACGAAUAUUUUGUUAAAAAAUACGGAUUCAGUGAAGGUAAAUUUUUGUUUGAAUAUUAUCUAAUCUGCCCAAUUUGUUUAUAUAUAUAUAUAUUACUAGAUUGUAAAAUAAUUCCGUUUACUGGCGACAACCCGGCCACACUAAUAUCUUUUAAUAUUAAACCCGGAAAUAUUGUAAUCUCUCUUGGUACCUCGGAUACAGUUUUACUUUAUACUUCUAAACCAUGUCCAACAUCAGAAUCUCACACAUUAUGUCACCCUAUAAUACCAGCGUCCUAUUUUUCGAUGCUAUGCUAUAAAAAUGGAAGUUUGACACGUGAACAUAUACGUGAUAUUUAUACCAAAGAUGUGACGUGGGAAAGAUUUAACAAUGUUUUAAAUUCAUCUAAGCCAAUUAAAUCACAAAUAGGAUUUUAUUUCCUUUUUCAAGAAAUAGUUCCAUUUGCAAAAGGAAUUUAUAAAUUUGAUAGUAACAAAUUAGUAAAAGAAUUCGUAGAUGAAAAUUAUAAUGUAAGAGCAGUUAUUGAAUCACAAUUUCUUUCAAUGAAACUUAGAAUAGAUAAGUUAUUAAAAGAUGAUGAUGAGAAAAAGGAAAAGAUACAAAGAAUAAUUGUUGUGGGAGGUGCGAGUAAAAACGAUCAAAUUGUGAAAAUUUUAGCGGAUGUUUUUGGAGCUCAGGUUUGGAGAAACCAAGGAGAAAAUUCUGCUUCUAUGGGUGCUGCCAUCAAAGCCAGAACGGCUUUUUUAAAACGAGAGUGCAAAAGUAUAAUUAAUUCAAAUUAUAACGAAGAGAAUUUCUCACUUGUUGCUGAACCUGACUUUGAAAAUACAAAAAUUUAUGAUAGUAUGAUUGAAAAUUAUCAAGAAUUGGAAAAAUUAGUGAUUCAACUGUCAAGUACCGAGAAAUAUAUUUGAUUGGUUAAUGCUCACGUGAUUGCUAAUGGAUUAAAGUUUU